GUUCCUGGAAACAUGGCGGCCAGCUUCCGCGGCCGUCCUAUCCGGAGUCUUCGGAUGCGAGGUCGGAAUGACAGCGGGGAGGAGAACGUACCGCUGGAUCUGAGCAGAGAACCGUCAGAAAACUUCCGUGAAAUCCUUCAAAAUGUGGCCAAACCGCACGGAGUCAGUAACAUGCGAAAACUGGGCCACCUGAACAACUUCAUAAAGCUGCUGUGCAGCAUUGGCCACCGUGAGGAAAAUUUUGGGUUUACAUAUGAAGAAAUCAUCAUUUGUCUGCGACUAGCUCUCCUUAAUGAAGCUAAAGAAGUGCGUGCUGCGGGGUUGCGGGCGCUUCGCUACCUCAUCAGAGAUACCAGCGUACUGCAGAAGGUCCUCAGACUACAGGUGGAUUACUUGAUAGCCAGAUGCAUUGACAUCCAGCAGAGUAAUGAGGGUGAGAGGACUCAGGCUCUACGACUUGUCCGAAAGAUCAUCACUGUCAACGCAAUGCUCUUCCCCACGUCUAUUGCAAACUCUUUAAUUGCUGUGGGGACCGACGGCCUGCAGGAGAGAGACCGCAUGGUGCGCGCCGCCAUCGCCAUCGUUUGCGAGCUAGCCCUGAAGAACCCAGAGGUGGUGGCCAAACGGGGAGGCCUCAGCACCAUCCUUAAGAGUGUGAUAGACUGUCAACUAAGUCGCAUCAACGAAGCACUUAUCACCACCAUCCUCCACUUACUCAACCACCCACGCACCCGCCAGUAUGUGCGUGUUGACGUCGAGUUGGAGCAAAUCCUCGCGCCUUUCACUGAUUUUCACUACCGUCACAACGCAGACACGGCUGAGGGGCAACUCAAGGAAGACAGAGAAGCCCGUUUUUUGUCCAGCCGAAUGGCUAUAGUGGCUGCUUUCCGCUCCUGGUCCGGAAUUAUCAACCUAUGCAAGGCUGGAAAUUCUGGAAUCCAGUCUUUAAUUGGCUUACUUUGCAUACCAAAUAUGGAAGUUAGGAAAGGCUUGUUGGAAGUGCUAUAUGAGAUAUUCAGGCUUCCUGUGCCCAUUGUAACACAAGACUUCACUGAAGCCCUUCUAAGUGUUGACCCCGCCAGGUUCCAGGACACCUGGAGACUGUCUGACGGGUUUGUUGCUGCCGAGGCCAAAGUCAUCCUACCCCAUCGGGCCCGCUCUAGGCCUGACCUAAUGGACAACUACCUGGCAUUUGUUCUUUCUGCCUUCAUUUCCAGCGGGCUUUUAGAGGGCCUUGUUGAAGUUGUGACCAGUAGCGAUGACCAGCUUGCUGUCAGGGCCACCAUCCUUCUGGGAGACCUUUUACACAUGGCAAAUACCAUCCUUCCUCAUUCCCAUAGUCACCACUUGCACUGCCUUCCCACUCUCAUCAACAUGGCAGCCUCCUUUGACAUCCCCCAAGAGAAACGACUGCGAGCAAGUGCAGCCGUCAACAAUCUGAAACGUUUCCAUGAGAAGAAGAAGAAAGGUUUGAAACCGCACAGUCUUUAUCUGGACCACAUCAUUCGCAAGUCUGUGUCGUCACAUAACCGCAGAGAUUCACGUGUCCACAAAGACAUCUAUGUCAUUAAGGACACAGAAGAAGCACUGAUGAUGAAUCUGCGAGACAGUCAGAUUCUCAACCACAAGCAGAAUCUGGAGUGGAAUUGGUUGCUUAUUGCCACCAUCCUCAAGUGGCCAAAUGUAAACCUCAGGAACAACAAAGAUGAACAGAUGCACAAGUUUGUUCGGAGGCUGCUGUACUUUUAUAAGCCCAGUAGUAAGUUGUACGCAGGGCUCGCGUUGGAUCACCUAAAGGCCAGACAACUCACUGUGGUUGGCUGUCAGUUUGUUGAGUUCCUCAUGGACUCCGAUGAGGAUGGCCAGGGUUACCUGGAGGACCUGGUGAAGGACAUGGUAUCGUGGCUCUCCUCAUCCUCUGGAAUGAAGCCCGAGCGCUGUCUGCAGAGUAAUGGCCUGCUCACUACACUCAGCCAACACUACUUCCUCUUCCUGGGGACGCUCUCGGCACACCCACAGGGAGUCAAACUACUAGAGAAAUGUGGCCUGUUUCAGUGCCUGCUGAAUCUGUGCUCUGUAAAGAACCAGGAUGCUGUGCUGAAACUCGCUGUAUCCACACUGGACUACAGCAGAGAUGGUCUGGCCAGAGUGAUCCUCUCCAAGAUCCUCACUGCUUCUACUGAUACGUGCAGGCUGUAUGCUACCAAGCACCUCCGCGUGCUGCUGCGUGCAGGCGUGGAGUUCUUCAGUAGCUGGGGCAUGGAGCUGCUGGUCACACAGCUUCACGACCACAACAAGGCUGUGUCCAUGGAGGCCCUGGACAUACUGGAUGAGGCGUGUGAAGACAAAGCCAACCUUCACGCUCUAAUCCAGCUGAAACCAGCUGUGUCCCACCUGGGAGACAAAGGCCUCUUACUGCUCCUCAGGUUCCUGUCCAUUCCUAAAGGUUUCUCCUACCUCAAUGAGAGGGGCUAUGUCAGCAAACAGCUGGAUAAAUGGCAAAAGGAGUAUAAUCUUAAGUAUGUGGACCAGAUAGAGGAGCAGCUCAAUGAAGCACUAACAACUUACCGCAAACCUGUCGAUGGAGACAACUACGUCAGACGCAGCAACCAAAGGUUACAAAGACCAAACGUCUAUCUCCCUGUGCACUUGUAUGGUCAGCUGGUUCACGAUAAGACAGGCUGUCAUUUAUUAGAGGCUCAGAGUGUAGUGCCUGACCUUAGCUACACGAUUCGCUCCCCGAUGCUGGACACCUGGGAGGGCAUCAAACAGCUCAAAGCUGCUCUCUGGGCACUAGGAAACAUUGGCUCUUCAAACUGGGGUCUGAAUCUCCUGCAGGAGGAGAACGUCAUUCCUGAUAUCCUUGCAUUGGCUCAGCACUGUGAGGUGCUGUCAGUGCGAGGGACAUGUGUGUAUGUGCUGGGUGUGAUCACCAAGACCAAGCAGGGCUGUGAGGUGCUAAAACAGUUCGGUUGGGAUGCAGUCAGACACAGUCGCAGGACGCUGUGGCCCGUCACUCCAGACGAAGUGGACACGCAGCUGACCUCUGAACUUUCUUCAGUACCGAGCACGCUCAGUCUAAACUCGGAGUCCACCAGCUCCCGCCACAACAGCGAGAGCGAGUCUCAACCAAACAUGUACAUCCUGGAUGAUGACAAGUGUGAUGUUCUGGACCAGUCGGAUGAGACUUCUUUAUACUUACACUCCAAACCAGUCAAAGACCGUAGCCCCUUUACAAUACUGGCCUCUACUCGCUUCGUUCGCACUCGCUUCCUGAACUCCCUGUCUCUCCCCAGCAAGAAACUGCGCUCCACCAGUGACCCCAAGACACCAUCGGGCUCUCGAACCCCCACUGAGCUCAAGACUGGGAGUAUGAGGCGGAACAGGACAGUGACAGAGCCCUCUGUCUACAGCCCAAACCAGGGGGACUUUACCCCUAUCUUUAAUGGCCGAGGAAUGCCAAAGAGUCCAACGGUCAGUCUGGAGACAUCAUUUGUUGGGACAAGAGGGGGCUCAGAGGAGCACUUGGUGGAUGGCAGGCUGUCGAAGGGAGGAGGCUCAGGCCUCGGACUUAGUACUCUUGGAGGCCAGGGGGCUGCAGAGCAACAUAGCCGGGAGAGAGAGCAGAGCAGCCGGGAGCGUCUAGCAGGAGAUGGCGGCUCUUCUAGCGGAGGCAAUGUAGGAGGGGGUAGCGGAGGUACUCAGUUUAAAAGCCGCAGUCAGAGCUUUAACACGGACACCACAACGAGCGGCAUCAGCUCCAUGAGCUCCAGUCCCUCUCGGGAAACCGUUGGCAACCCGGAGCAUCCGGAAGCCGAACCGGAUUCCUCUGACUGCGUGAGCCUCAACACAGUAGUGUCUGCCAAGACUGUCAAAACACUCUCAUCCCUCACCCCCCAGUCACAGACUAACCACAUGUCCACGUCCAAGUCCUCCACUGUCUCUCUGGUACCUCCCGGCUCCUCCCACACCCUCCCCCGCCGGGCUCAGUCUCUCAAGUCCCCCUCAGUGACCACCAUAAAAAGCCUGGCUGAUUGUAGCUUCAUGUACACCAGCCCGAGAGACGCGCUGGGCUACGCUACGCUGAAGAGGCUUCAGCAGCAGAGGAUACACCCAUCUUUGUCUCACAGUGAAGCGCUGGCUUCACCUGCCAAAGAUGUGCUGUUCACAGACACCAUCACUAUGAAGAGUGGCAGUCUCGAUUCCAGACUAACUCCCCGCAGGUUUCUGAAAGCUCUGAGUUUUGCCUCUUUGGAUAAAGAAGAGCUACUCAGUCCAAUCAACCAAAGCACCCUGCACCGCUGCUCUUCAGUACGCUCAAUGGUCUCCAGCGUCACCUUCGGAUGUAACGACGACUACAUUGGCCUUGCACUGCCGAUGGACAUCCAUGACAUGUUCCACAUCAGAGACUCUGCCUACUUUCAGCAGAGGAUCAGCCCGCCAUCGGAAGAGCGGAAACGUUUUCUUUUCGGUGACGGCGAUGGUGAUCGUCCCGCCCUCCCAGUGCUGAAGCAGCAGUUUAGUAUCUCAGAGCUGAUUGUGCACCGAGGAGACACCCCGAACCACAUGGUGGGCUCUGAGGAGACGGGCCUGCAGGUUCACACUGAAGAAAACUGCCUCUACUGCGUGGGAGCGAUCGUCCUUGGAUACCCCACCCAACCACUGAUCAAUAGCACACACUCUCGUACAGAUUUUGUUGACUUUCCAUCAUGGGGAGGCCAGAGCGGCCACCGCCUGGAGGUGAUGCCACAGUCAAAAUUUUCUGGGGUGUCAGGCUGCAGUGAUGCUGCUGUGUCACAAGGUUCAAUCUCUGGCACACCUACACCUGGUGACAUUGUCAUUGGUGGCAAGGCGAUAUCCGAGGACGGCCCCGCCUCUCGAGUCUUACUGAGGAAGGAGGUGCUCCGCCUCAUCAUCAACCUAAGCUCCUCCGUAGGAACCAAAGGCCACGAAACAGGACUACUGACGAUAAAAGAGAAGUUUUCAUAUGCGUUUGAUGACAUUUGCUUGUACUCGGAGGUUUCUCAUCUCUUAUCCCACUGUGCAUUUCGCCUGACCUCAAGACGUUUCAUACAAGAACUUUUCCAGGAUGUGCAAUUUAUGCCAAUGUUUGAGGAAGCAGAAGCAAUCCUGACAAAGCAACCAAAACCUGUUGAAGAGGACGCUGACCCUCCUGAAGAAUCCUGAUCAUCCCAUUUCUCCCCCAUCCCUCCUGCUUUCCCUGCACAGCUGCAGACCCGGCUUCUUAUCACCCUGAAAGGCAGACAAAACUGAAAUAAUAUGAGUUAAGGCUCUGAA